AUGGCUCCGCCUGGAAGGAGACCAGAACCUCGUGGAACUCCUACCGAGGAACUGCUAGCGCAGAAUUUGCAGCAGUUGACCCAACUGACUCAAACUUUGGGAAAUGCGCUUCUCAAUAAUCAACGGGGAGGGCCAGAUGUGGCUAAGAUCAUAGCUGGGCAUCGUCCUCCAUUCUUCACUGGUAAGGAAGAUCCACUAGUGUUAGAAGAUUGGAUAAGGACUUUCGACAAAAUGUUUGAGGCUGUAGAAUGUCCUGAAGAAAGGAGGGUGGAGAUAGCUACAUUCUAUUUCCAGCAAGAAGCUGACAACUGGUGGAGUAUGAUGGGACCCAUGUAUCAACAACAAGGAGAAUUUCAAUGGACUGACCUUAAAGCUCGAAUGCGGGAUCAUUUUUAUCCCGAGCAUGUUAAGUCCGCUAAGUACGAGGAAUUUCUACAUCUACGUCAAGGGACGACAUCUGUUCAGGACUACUAUGCUAAGUAUCUUGAGCUGGCACGAUUUGCCCCUGCCUUAGCCCCGGAUGAGCCAAGCAGGGCUAGGAAGUUUGUAAAUGGAUUAAAUUUUGAGACUCAAAAAGCCGUUUGUGUGUUUGAGUGUCAGACUCUUGGAGAGGCUUAUAACCGGGCUGCCAAACAUUAUCGAGUCCAACAGAUGCAGAAGGAGGUUCGUGAGAAGGGUAAGAGGAAAUUUGAAGGUAGUAGCAGAGGGGGAGAGAAGAACUCUAAGAUGAGUCAAGGAGAGGCUAUUCGGGAUUACCAAAGAAGUGGGAUUCCCAGACCUAGGAGGGAUUUUCCAACUCAAAGUACGGGGAUGACUAGUAGAGGAUGGAUGAAGGAGAGGCAUUUCUACUGUAAAAGAUGUGGGAAGGAUCAUCCCGGUGUCGAUUGUAUAGGGAUGCCGGUAGAAUGCUUCAAUUGUGGGAAGAAGGGCCAUCGCUCAUUUGAAUGUCAAACUAGCAGGAGGGAAGGGUCAUUCCGUCCUAGCCAGAGUCAAGAAAAGACCCAACAAUCUGGAAUACAAGUGAAGGCUAGGAAUGGAGGGAACAUGGCAAAUAGUAACACUGAGAGCACCAGCAAGGCACCAACUAGCAGGAGUGGACCCCAGCAAGGGAGGAUCUUUGUGAUGAGUAAAGCUCAGGCGGAUGUGAGCGAUGUGGUGGCAGGUUUGUAG